AUGCAUGCCGUCAAGUACAUCUACAUCGACAUCAACAAGUACAUCCACUACAACAAGCACUUCUACAUCUACAUCUACAUCGACAAGUACUUCCACUACAACAAGCACUUCUACAUCUACAUCGACAAGUACUUCCACUACAACAAGCACUUCUACAUCUACAUCGACAAGUACUUCCACUACAACAAGCACUUCUUCAUCUACAUCGACAAGUACUUCCACUACAACAAGCACUUCUUCAUCUACAUCGACAUCAACAAGUACUUCCACUACAACAAGCACUUCUUCAUCUACAUCGACAUCAACAAGUACUUCCACUACAACAAGCACUUCUACAUCUACAUCGACAAGUACUUCCACUACAACAAGCACUUCUUCAUCUACAUCGACAACUACUUCUACAUCUACCACCACCACAACUUCAACAAGCACAUCUACUUCAACAUCAACAAGCACUUCCACAUCAACAAGUACUUCAACUUCAACGAGCACAUCCACAUCGACAAGUACUUCCACAAGAAGUACCUCCACGUCAACAACAACUUCCACACUGUCUAG